AGAUUGAAAAGCGAGAUCUCCUGAAAGGAGGAAUGAAGGAGUCCUCCUAUUGACCUCUUUUAGGAGCAGUAAGGGAGAUUUUUUAAUUUUGUUCUUAUAUUGUGUUUUUUUUUAUAUUUCAUUUUAGUGUUGACCUCCUUUUGUCCUCUUUUAGGAGCAAAAAAGGAGAUUUUUUAAUUUUUCGUAGCUUAAAAAUCGUACUUUUGGUUCGAAAAUUACAAUUUAACGGGAAAUAAUAACUGUUAAUUUUUGUCUUGAAGCAAUUAUUCAUUUCAACUGUAUUUUUUAAAGCGUGCAGACGUAAGUAAGUUUUAUAUCUAUUGAGUACUCGUAUUAAAUAUUUUAAAUUGAUAAUAAAAUGUACUCUAAAAGGCAUUUAAAACGCCUAGUGAAUAAAAAAUUAAAUAAUUUAUAUAAAAAAAACAAAAUAAUAAUACACAAAAUGAAAAUGAUGUGGAAAGUGUUAAUGAAAUUGAAAGUGAUACAGGCUCUAAAGAAGUUUUUGAAGAAGUUGAAAGUGGUACAGGCUCGAAAGAAGAAGAAAAAAAUUGUGGCGUAUCUGAAGCAAAAAUUUUCAAAGAGACCCCUAUCAAAAAUUUUGGAUGAAGUGAUUGCGGAGUCCCUGCUUUUAAAAGUGAAUUGGGAUGGAGCCAAAAAAAAAGUUGCAUUGAAGAAUUAUGCACUUUUCAAUAAAUUUCUUUACGAGGCCUUAAAAGAUGAUUACUCAUACCCUGAUUUUGAGGCAAAGAUUAAAAAGGCGUUUCUCAAAUGUAAGGCUCAGUUCUACAGGAACACUUAUAAUAUAAAAAAAAAAAUAGAUUUUAUGUACAUUAAUUUAAUUAAAAAACUUUAAUAAAAAAUAAAAUUAUAAAAAUUUGUUUUUGUUAAAAUAACUGCAGGUUG